AUGGAUGCUCAUCAACGAGCUAAACUCGACGAGUAUGUCGACCCGGAAUUUAUCGAUAGUUCUGCCGGAGUUUUCCCUCUUACCAUUAUUAUGUCAUUUUUGGUCGUUUUUGCGACAAUAGCCAUCCUUUGGUGGGCAAAAAUCCGUUCAAGAGCAUCUCGUCGCGGCGAAUGUCUUCUUUUAUGUGGCAUAUCCAAUGCUGGUAAAACCUUACUUUUUAGUCGUUUGACAAUGGGUGUAGCGAAACGAACAUUAACGUCGAUGGCUGUCAAUCGUGGUUCUAUGACUUUGGAAAACUCGUCAUCGGAUCGUCCAGCGAAAAAGGUUCGUGUUAUUGAUGUUCCCGGUAAUUUACGUAUUCGUCAACGUGAUUUUAACAGUGAAAAAGCAUCAGCCAAAGCAAUCAUUUUUGUUAUCGAUAGUACAACUAUUAAUAAAGACAGUAAAGAUGUUUCCGAUUACCUCUAUGAUAUUUUACGUGAAAAAACCUUUCGUCAACAACGUUUACCAUUACUAAUAUUCUGCAACAAACAAGAUCUCAAUAACGACAAUGAAACCACUCAGUCAAUUCGGCAAUUGUUAGAAAAUGAAUUAACUAUGAAACGCAAAACACGUACAUCAUCGGUUGCUGUCCAUCAAGGCAAAGCUGAAUCAGCUGAUGAUAUUGGUCGAGCCGGCAAAGAUACAUUUGAAUUUAGCGAUGUAAAAGAUCUUCAGAUUGAAUUUGUCGACGGCUCAUCAUUAGGCGCAGAGAAAAAAUCUUAUGCCAAGCAUUACGAUGAUAUUGACGAAGACGAUAUUAUUAGUACUGGUGAUGAAACUGAUGCUGAGAGUGGAGCCAAUUUAACUAAAGUCUAUGAUUGGAUUGAAAAGAUCUGGAUAAAAUAA